UGUACAGUGGUCCACUGUCUCCUAUAGGCACUCAACCGACGCGUUUGAUGGUGUCUGUGGUUUGAAUGCCGAGGGUACUAGUGACUUUGUAGACAUUAAGAGUGCUCUAAGGAUCCCAGCAUGCCUGGCGGUGGGAGUAAUGUUGCUGCCAGAGCACCUGGACCUGAAGGGGACCUUCACGUUCCCCUCAUCCUGGAGGAGCGUGGGAAAGAGGAGGAGCCCCUGAAGGUGGUGCUGGGCCGCAAGCUGAAGAAGCGUUGCUCCUGGAGCCCGGCUCGGGCUGCGGCGCUGCUCCUCGACUCCGUCCCCAUCCUGAAGUGGCUGCCCCAGUACCGGAUCAAGGACUGGCUCUUGGGGGACGUGAUGUCGGGCGUGAUCGUGGGCAUUCUGCUAGCGCCCCAGUCCAUUGCUUACUCUCUACUGGCGGCCCAGGACCCCAUCUACGGCCUCUACACGUCUUUCUUCUCCUGCAUCAUCUACACAUUCAUGGGCACGUCCCGGCACAUCUCGGUGGGCAUCUUUGGGGUGCUGUGUCUGCUGGUGGGCCAGGUGGUGGAACGGGAGCUGGCCGUGGCCGGAUACGUCACGGACGUGCAAGGCAAUCGGACCGGACUGGGCAGCCUGGAAAAUGGGACCUUCCCCGACUGUGACCGCAGCUGCUAUGCCAUUAUCGUGGGAUCCACUGUUACCUUCACAGCAGGAGUCUACCAGGUGCUAAUGGGUCUCCUCCAGGUUGGCUUUGUCUCGGUCUUCCUCUCUGACUCUCUGCUGAGUGGUUUUGCAACUGGCGCCUCUCUUACCAUCCUUACCUCCCAGCUAAAGUACCUUCUGGGCCUGAAACUGCCUCGCACCCAGGGCUGGGGCUCGCUGAUCAAAACCUGGAUCGGCCUGCUCGGCAGCCUGGACCAAACCAACAUGUGUGACCUCAUCACCAGCGUGCUGUGCCUGCUUGUGCUCGUACCCACCAAAGAGCUGAACGAGCGCUUCAAAUCCAAGCUCAAAGCACCCAUACCCUUCGAACUCUUCGUGGUCAUCGCCACUACCCUGGCCUCGCACUUCGGCCACUUCAAGGAGCAGUACGGCUCCGAGGUGUCUGGCCACAUCCCCACGGGCUUCAUGCCCCCCCAGCUCCCCGCUUGGUCGCUCAUCCCCAGGAUUGCGCUCGACGCCUUCUCCAUAGCCAUCGUCGGCUUCGCCAUCACCGUGUCGCUAUCCGAGAUGUUUGCCAAGAAGCACGGCUACGUGGUCGACCCCAACCAGGAGAUGUACGCCAUCGGCUUCUGCAACAUCAUCCCGUCUUUUUUCCGCUGCUUCGUCACCAGCGCCGCCCUCACCAAGACCCUGGUGAAGGAGUCGACUGGCUGCCAGACGCAGCUCUCCAGCCUGGUGACGGCACUCGUGCUGCUGCUCAUUCUCCUCGUCAUCGCGCCGUUCUUCUACUCUCUCCAGAAAUGUGUCCUGGCCGUCAUCAUCAUGGUGAACCUGCGCGGGGCGCUGCGCAAGUUCUGCGACGUUCCCCGAAUGUGGCGCGCCAACCGCGUGGACGCUGGCGUCUGGCUGCUGACCAUGGCUACGUCGGCACUGGUGAACACGGAGCUGGGCCUGCUUCUGGGCGUGCUGGCCAGCGCCUUCUGUGUGUUGGCACGCACGCAGCGAGCCCAGACCCUCCAGCUGGGCCAGAGCGGGGAUCGCGACGUCUUUAAGGAGCUGACGGCGUACAAGGGCCUCCAGACGCUGCCCGGUGUGGCCGCGUUCCGCUACGAGGCCCCCAUCUACUACGCCAACCAGACCCUGUUUAAGAAAUCCCUGUACCGUAACACGGGCCUGGACCCGGUGAAGGAGAGAGCCCGUCGCAAGAGGCUGGAGAGGGGCAAGAAGCAGGAAGAGGAGAGGAAAGGGGCGGAGCAAAGCCCCGAGGCGUCCAGCGGCAACUUCCUGCCCCACGCUCUCCCCUUCCACACGCUGAUCAUAGACUGCGGCCCCGUGCUGUUUUUGGACACGGCGGGGGUUGCCGCUCUGAAAGAGGUGCGCAAGGACUUUCAGGAGUUCGGUGUGCAGUUGCUGCUGGCUCAGUGCAACACCUCGACCAUCGAUUCCCUGCGCAGAGGUGGCUACUACGACCCAGAGACAGGAAACGUAGAGAGAAUUUUUCACACUGUCGGUGAUGCUGUCCGUUACGGCCAAAGCUUGCUGUCACAGAAUGGUGACUGUGACACUUCUUUCUAAAAUAUUGUUUCAGCUCCACUUUUACUACAAUUGAGCAGUCAAGCAUUUGUCUCUUGCCAUGAUGUCAGGUUUUUCUAUAUUAGAGUCUGGUAUUUUGCUCAAUUCAGUCUUGUUGUGACCAGUGGAGAGUUGUAGUCUGCAAUUGUAGUGCCUUUUUCAGCUCCGUAAAAAUGGGAGUUCGCCAAAGAUACAAAGAUCAGAAGAAUGAUUGCUGUCAAAAUCAAUUAUUUUUAUGUCUUGUGCAGCACUUUAAAUUGUGUAGGGGUUUUAAAAUAAUGCUCCUUUAAAUCGAUGUGCGUCUCAGGGCGUGUCCUUGUUUUUUGCUGGACAAGCAAACCAAGAAAAGACGUUUACUGAUCUUCAGGGGAAGAAGAUUUUUUUCUAUAUAUUGAAAAGAUAUCCACCCAGUUUAAGGCCUAUUAUGCAAUAUUGGCCAUAUUUUAAUAACUUAAUAACACAGUUUUAUGAGUUACUUAUAAAUGACAAACAUCCCUCUGCUGCAGCCAGCCUGGGAAACGGCUAAACAACUGUGAAUCUCCUUUAGUGGCAGUUGUACAACACUGUAUACAAGUUCAGUGUCGCACCAUAUGUUUACUGCAGAGGCAGACGCAGCAGGGGAGAGGGAGGGGCUUAAGUCCGUUAAAGAUGUCCACGGACAAACAAACACACAAUCAAUCAAACAAACAGUUGUUGGAAAUGGCAUGCAAGCACUUGUUUUUAUUUGUGAAAGAUGUUUAAAUUGAUGUGCGUUGGUUAUUCAUUAGGUCUUUAUACAUGGCUAGGAUGAAGAUUAGGUAACGUUUUUGUUUUUUUUUCCAAGUGGAAAUCUAGCCAAUUCCAAAGAGUUCACGAACUUGUCCUAAGUGCUGUACAUUUUUUCAAGGUCCACACUGUUAUGAGGGCAUGCAAUUUAAAGCCAUAUUGCAAACACUAUGUGGUUUGCGUGAAAAGCUCUUUCACCUCGAUGCCUUGUUUACGGUCCUAUUUCUAGAGGUUAUACCCUUUUGUCAAAUAGUUGUUGAAUAUAUUUUUUCUUCCUUUAUUGCAUACUGCUAUUUUUUUUUUUUUUUUUUUUUUUUUACAUAGCAUUACGAGCUAUCAUAGGGAAAAUGUAUAGGCUUUAAAUGUUUCAUUCCAUAUUUAUUUAUUUGAUAUCAGUCUUAUUUAUUAGUGGAGUUAAUGAUUUGUCAAAUAUUUAAUUUUUAUCCUUUAUUUUAGUAAGAGUUUUGUCUGACAUUUAAUUUUCAAAAUAUUUUAGCACUGUAGUUGGUGGUAAAUUGUUAGAGGGUUUUUUUUUUUGUUUUUUUUCCUCCCACUUUAUCUGUAACAUGCAGAUAUUCAAACAAUUCAAAAAGUAUAUAUGUGUACAUUUCUGCUUUUCUAAUCACAUUUUGGAUUGUUAAAAUCUACAUUUUCAGAAAAUAAACAAACACACUGGCUGCAAA